AUGCAGAACGAGCGGAGUUUGUCGACGUGUUUGAGCAGAAGCUCUCGAAGCGUCGGCGGUUCGAGUGUCCCGUGUGAUAAAAGGUCGGCCGACCGUCUGCCGGGAAACGCAGAAGCUGGCGAAGCGCCAGCAGGAACUCGUCGAAAAACUCGGAGUCUGUGCGUGACUAUGUGCAAACACGGCGAACACUCGAAGCCACGCCGGCGCCCAUUUCGCUUUUCUGCGGAACAUGCCGCCUUUGGAACCUCUGAUCCGUUCUUUCACCGGGAAAAUUAUCUGCUUUCAAAUUAAUUAGCUCAACUCUUUUUACAGCUGUUCUUCACAAUAAUCAAGUAAAGCCGAUUUUCUCCGUUUGACUGCUCCAUUUCAUUCCAUUCCAUGCACAAAUUUUUGUACUCAGCAAUCUUUUCAUGCAGACAUUUGUAGUUUUCCUUCCAUGUCUUGGCGUCUGUUCAAUUAUUUUAUAACAAGAGAGGAUCAACGAGAGAAAGUACUAGACUGGGGAAGAAUUUUGCUGGCUUUACUCUUGACGCGCUAAGCGCUGCAAGUCAUGAAGACGUACGCGUCGGGCCUCAUUUAGACUUCACAAUGCUCCUUUAAUCAGGUUAUCUUGGGGGACGCCGAAGAAUCCGACCCUCUAAUUCGGUUAGAGUUCUUCCACAAUCCAGAACCACAACAACUGAUUUUCUGAAUACUUUCUCAAUUUUUGUUCAGCUUCGAAUAGUCGAGCUUUCGUCGUAGCUUCAGAACAACAUAACGUUCCAUUUUUUCCAAUUUUUAGCUUUUCUUCUUUCAAUACAGCGCCAUCAAAGAUAAUUUUUAAGUUUUAACGCAUUAAUUUUUUGUAAAAAAAAGAUCUUUUUCUUAUAAGAUCAUAAAUUUUUGAACAGUUGAAUUUUUUGGAAAAAAAAAGUAUUUUUCUUUUUCACGUGUCGGUCAUAGUAACAAGCUACCGAGAGAUAUUAUGAAGAAAUGAUUAUAUAUCUAUAUUUUAAAAAAACGUUUAAAAAAAAUUUAUUUUAUGAUCAUUUGGAAGUAAAAAAAGUCAAUAAAUUCUGCCUCACCAUAAAAAAAUGUUCUAUUGAAAAAAAUAGAAUUUUAAUGAUGAGACUAUUAGAAAAAUUUUUUUUAAUUGCAAAUGAUGAUUCUAGGCUAUAUCAUGAAGAAAAAUGUUCUGCAAUAUCACCAAUUUCGGCGCCACGAGUGCAGGACGCAUGAAGAGUGUUCACUUCUUCUCAAAAGAAUUUUCCAAAAUACAUCAAUAAAAUUAGUUUUUUUCAAUUGAGUUUUCCCAUCUUUUUUUAAUACGCUUAACUUUCUUUUCUUUUUUUUUGGUCGAGCCUUUUCAACUUAUUAACUCCAAUUCUACACAUUUGAACCAGUGUGAUAGGGGUUGUCAGAAAAAAACUUUAAGAUUGUUUACAGUUAACAUGAAUCAAAUAGCAUUUCUUAUUUUGCUGUAUAAUGAGAAAAAUAAUCAUUAAAGGAGGAAUUUAAAUUCGGGACUAAACGAAAAUAAUGAAGGAACGAAGUUAAAUUUUUGCAUAAAUAAUUCAGCCUUUAGUUUUUUUCAAGAGUAUCAUAAUUAUCACUGAAAGCUCAAACUUUUACAUUGUUGAAAUGUCUGUAUGUUCAAGGUGAAGUUUAGGCCACGAAGAAGGCCUGGAGACUUCUUUCUUGAUGGCUUUUCGAGCACUUCCCAUUUCCUAAUUAUCGUGACGCAAUCGGACGAAUUAGCCCACCGAAAGAGCCUCAUUUUGGCCGCCGACGUGGUCCUCGGAAUGCUUGUUUCGUAG